UACAAGCUAACGUUCCUGAGACGUGUGCUCAUCUAACCAGUUGAUAAUCAGACCUGAGUGGUUUUUCUGGAUAAAUUUUAGUGCUAUUCUAUUUAUGGAUCAGUACUAUAAUCUUUGAAUUUGACUCAGGGGACCAUUCAGGAGUUAUGUAUUUUCAUGUGGGUCAUUAGAGCAGUCAAGCAUCACAAAGCUUCAUCACCCUAGCGUCCCAUCUCCUUUUAUUUAUUUACUUUAAUAAAGAUACAAAUUGAGAUUUUUAAAAGUGUAUCAUGCCAGUUAUUAACAUCAAUGAGCCCCGAUGGGAUCAAAAUACUUACUGGGGAAGAGCCAAACAUUUUUUCACCACUACUAACCCCUGCAAUUUGCUAUAUUCUUCCUCAGAAUUAGACAAGGCAAAGGAAAUUGUUACCAAAUAUAGAAAUGGAGAAUCUUUGAAUCUCACUGAAGACGAAAUUUGGCGUGCAAAGCAUUUAUAUGAUUCUGCUUUCCAUCCUGAUACUGGUGAGAAAAUGAUUUUAAUUGGUCGAAUGUCUGCUCAAGUUCCAAUGAACAUGACAAUCACAGGAUGUAUGCUUGCAUUUUAUAAGACAGUUCCCCAAGUUGUGUUUUGGCAAUGGAUUAAUCAGUCUUUUAAUGCUGUUGUAAACUACACAAACCGUAGUGGCGACUCUCCAAUCCCUGUAAAGCAGUUAGGAACAUCAUAUGUUUUAGCAACGUCAGGCGCACUUAUUACUGCUCUGGGACUUAAUAGCAUAGUAAAAAGUGCUCCUCCACUGAUUGGUCGCUUUGUGCCAUUUUGUGCAGUAGCAGCUGCAAAUUGUGUUAACAUUCCCAUGAUGCGUCUUAAAGAAAUUCGUGAAGGAAUUCCAGUUGUAGAUAAAAAUGGAAAUAGAGUUGGAAAUUCUCAGGUAGCUGCUAAAUCAGCCAUUACUCAAGUUACUAUGUCUAGGAUUGGAAUGGCUAUGCCUGGCAUGUUGAUUCCACCAUUCAUUAUGAAUUAUCUUGAUAGGAAAGGUGUUAUCAGGAAAUUUCCAUGGAUAAAUGCCCCUUUGCAAGUUGGACUUUGCGGCUUAUUUCUGGUCUUUGCUACCCCAUUAUGCUGUGCAUUAUUUCCACAACAAAGCUCCAUUAAUGUUGACUCAUUAGAGCCAGAAAUUCGUGAAUCUCUGAAUAAAUUGAAAUUGGAAGAUAAAUGUUUAUACUACAACAAAGGUCUUUAAUGUGUUCUUCGAAAUAUAUUGCAUUUAUAGUCUAAAAACGAAACUGUUGUAUUUCUUUGUAUUUUAUAAAUUUAUAUUUUCCAUAGUUCCUAAUAAAAAUAUUAUGUGAUAAAUGAA